GUUACGCACAGCCCUUCUGCAAUUGAAACGUGCGUGGAGCAACCUUCUCGCAGCAUAUCCAACAGACUGGAAUUCUUCAUAUGCUAAAGAUAAUUUUUAUUUGAAACAUCAACGCUAUAUUAUAAUUUUUACCUUGGAACUUUGAUCAGGCAUCAUGUCUAUAGUCAGUGCCUUGCCUUUCUUGAAAUCUGGUCUCCAAAUGCGCCUUACAAUGGGCCAAAUGUCACCAGUUCCCGGGCGCCGCCACACACUUCCUGCUAGUGAGUUCCGAUGCCUCAGCCCGGAGGACGCAAUCAGCGUGUUUGAGAUCGAGAGAGAGGCCUUCAUCUCCGUGUCCGGAGAGUGUCCGCUCCACUUAGAGGAAGUGCGUCACUUUCUGACACUGUGUCCGGAGCUGUCCCUGGGCUGGUUCGAGGGCGGACGCCUGGUCGCCUUCAUCAUCGGAUCACUGUGGGACCAGGAGAAGCUGUCCUUGGACGCUCUCACCCUCCACAAGCCCCAGGGCUCCACGGUCCACAUCCACGUGCUGGCCGUCCACCGCAGUGACCGACAGCAGGGCAAGGGCUCCAUCCUGAUGUGGCGCUAUCUGCAGUACCUGCGCUGUCUGCCCUACGUGCACCGCGCCGUGCUCAUGUGUGAGGACUUCCUGGUCCCUUUCUACCAGAGGUCGGGUUUCAAGGUGCAGGGCCCCAGCGACGUCACCGUGGGCCUCCUGACCUUCAUCGAAAUGAUGCACCCAGUCUGGGGCCACGCUUACAUGCGCCGCAACAGUGGUGUUUGACGGGGCCCGAAGCAACACUGGGCCCCUUUCUGAUGCGAUUCUAUGGAUAGCGUUCUCCGGCUGGAUUGUGACACGAGGCUGCUCGCUGUCACCUCGUCCAGGUGGCUGUUGUUCAAAGCGUCUGGGAACGAGACUGAGCUGGUUGUGUGGUACAUGUGGGCUGGAACAGCGGUGGCUAAGCGCCUGUCUGUGCUCACUGGUUGGUGAUGGGUCAAGUUAUAUGUGCCCUGCUGGUGUGUGGAAGAGAAGGCAGUUGUUUUAUUAGACACUACAGCUGUCUCUGUUACCUACCACCAUUAUUUUGUAUCUUGUAAAAAAAAUGUAUAUCCUGUUUGUUUUAAAGUUGUAUUUUGUGUUUGGGAAUGCGGUCAAUUUUUCAAUUCAAAUUAAGCCUAAGAUGUUCAUAAACAAACUGCAUCUUUAAAUACUGUGCAACUAACAGAAACUAAAAUAUGCCUAGGUUGAAGGACGGUUAGCCAGCAACCGAUCUGUCUUUAUGAUAUGUACUGUAUAUCCAAUGCAAUCAUUCUUUACAUUUUUUUUAACUGUGGUUUGUUAGCCAAGCAACCAGGAAGGACACUUGUGAUCUUCAUCUGAAUGCCUGAAAUCCAGUUAAAUAUCACCUCCUGGGAAAACUUAGUUUUCCUUUCUUUUUUUAUCUUUUUGUAAUUUUCUUUAAAAGUCUGGGACACCGGAAGGAGCUUGAUGGUAAAUACAUAUGAUGCAGUAAUACCUGAAGUCAGCUUGAAUGUUUUUUUUUUUUCAUACAAAUAAUGGAAUAAAAUAACAUACAGUAGGCCGGGUUAGAAGCAAAUCAGGUUUUUGAUCCUGAAUCCUUCGGAGCUGUAACAUUUUAACUGCUAAUGUGUUCAAAUACAUAAUCAGACAGUUUUUUUUUUUUUAUCUUCAAGGGAUUAACAUAAUAAUCAACCACUUGCCAUUGCCAACCAUUGUAAUCAGUGUGGCCCACUAUAUUCACUAAACAGCAUUACCAGCAGUCUGUCUUGUGGGUGUUAGAAGUAAUGACAUGUUUACAAGAUUCCAUGUCCCAUUAAGUUCUGAAUGAUAUACGUAUAUCUGACACAAUAUUUGAUAUACUUGAUAGCAUUUUGAUAUUUUGAUGUUUCAAACAGAACAAUGUUCCCCAAUCUCCCCAGGUCUUGAAUCAAGGUUAAUGAUUUUUGUUACAUUUUUCAAUCUGAAAAUAAACUCUUUUUCAAACA